AACCCUAAACCAAACCAACCUUCUUUUCUUCGUUUCUGGCUUUUUUGAACUCGCUAACUAUUCCACCGAGUCCAUGUCCGAUUCUACCGAGUUCAGUCCAAAAACGAGUUUGGUACCGAGUUAACUCGGCAACCAUGACUGGAAACGUAAACUCGGACGAGUUAACGAGUUAACUCGCGAGUUUGAUAACCAUCCCUGUUUGUGAAGAUGUCAAGAUACACUAUUACCCUUCUUUUUUUGUACAAGAAGGAAGAACUAGAAAGCUCAGAUACUGAGCUUUUUGUUGCUUUGACCACAGCAUUCAAUUUUCACACGAUAGUCUAAAACUAUGCUUGGACGGGAUAUCAGGACAUGGGGUUCAAUCGUUCGGAGCUUGUGUUUAGAUGCAAGACACAGCGAAGCCUUGUCUCUUUUCCACCUCUGUUUAAAGAGUUAUGAAGCUUUUAAACCGGAUCACACUGUCAUGGCUGCCAUUCUCAAGUCUUGUUCUGCUCUUUUGGUUCCCAAAUUGGGCAGAGCUGUGCAUAGUUAUGUUGUUAAACAAGGUCAUGUUUUUUGCCAAGUUACCAAUAAAGGGCUGCUCAACAUGUAUGCCAAAUGUGGCAUGCUUGAUGACUGCCUCAAGCUGUUUGCUCAACUCAAUCACCGUGACUCUGUUACUUGGAAUAUUGUUUUGUCUGGAUUUUCAGGGUCCAACAAAUGUGAUCCGGAUGUGACGAGGAUAUUUAAGAUGAUGCAUACCGGUGGGGAGGCAAUGCCAAAUUCUAUUUCUGUUGCUACUGUCCUUCCUGUUUUUGCUCGUUUGGGGAACCUGGAUGCUGGAUUGUGUGUACAUACUUAUGUUAUCAAGUCUGGUUUCGAACAAGACACCCUUGUUGGAAAUGCUCUCGUGUCAAUGUAUGCAAAGUGUGGGUUGGUGUCCCGAGAAGCAUAUGCUGUCUUUGAUGAUAUUGUUCACAAAGAUGUUGUUUCGUGGAAUGCAAUGAUUUCGGGCUUGGCUGAGAAUGGGUUAGUGGAGGAUGCAUUCUUGUUGUUCAGUUCAAUGUUGAAAGGGCAUAUGCAGCCAAAUUAUGCGACUACUGCAAAUAUUUUGCCUGUUUGUGCCUCAUUUGAUAAGAGUGUUGCAUACCGUUGUGGAAGGCAGAUCCACUCUUAUGUGCAACAGUGGCCUGAUUUGUCAGCUGAUAUUUCUGUCUGUAAUGCUUUGAUUAGCUUCUACUUAAAAGUUGGGCAAAUGAGGGAAGCAGAAGCUUUGUUUUGGACAAUGGAUUCAAAGGAUUUGGUCACGUGGAAUGCUCUUGUUGCAGGGUAUACAUCAAAUGGUGAAUGGUUAAAAGCACUGCAUCUGUUUGGUAAUUUAGUAUCACUUGAAACGUUAUUGCCAGAUUCUGUGACCAUGGUCAGCAUACUUCCAGUUUGUGCACAAUUGCAAAAUAUGCAGGUGGGGAAACAAAUCCACGCUUAUAUUUUCAGACGUCCUUUCCUUUUUGAUGAUACUUCUGUUGGAAAUGCUUUAAUCAGUUUCUUUGCAAAAUGCGGCUAUACAGGAGAAGCAUAUUAUACUUUUUGCAUGAUACCCAGGAAAGAUUUGAUCUCGUGGAAUUCUAUUUUUGAUGCCUUUGGCGAGAAGAGGCAUCAUUCAAAAUUUAUUGACUUGUUACAUCGGAUGCUUAAACUCAGAAUUAGACCUGAUUCAGUUACAAUGUUGACCAUAAUCCGAUUUUGUGUAUCUUUUUCCAGAGUAGAAAAGGUUAAAGAAAUACAUAACUAUUCAAUUAGAACUGGAUCUUUAUUAAGUGAUACUGCACUAACAGUUGGGAAUGCAAUACUUGAUGCAUAUUCUAAAUGUGGAAACAUGGAGUAUGCAAACAAAAUGUUUCAGAAUCUAUCAGAAAAAAGGAAUCUGGUCACAUCCAAUUCACUGAUAUCUGGUUAUGUGGGUUUAGGAUCACAUCUUGAUGCAAACAUGAUAUUUAGUACAAUGUCAGAGACUGACCUUACAACAUGGAAUCUCAUGGUUCGGGUAUAUGCCGAAAAUGAUUGUCCUGAACAAGCUCUUAGAUUGUUCCAUGCGUUACAAGCUCGAGGGAUGAAGCCUGAUACGGUGACUAUCAUGAGCCUCCUUCCAGUCUGCACACAAAUGGCAUCAGUACGCUUGCUGAGCCAGUGCCAUGGGUAUAUUAUUCGGUCAAUUUUUAAGGAUCUUCACCUCGAAGUUGCCCUCUUAGAUGCAUAUGCCAAAUGCGGCCUCAUAGGUCAUGCAUAUAAGAUAUUUCAAUUGAGUGCUGAUAAGGAUCUGGUUAUGUUUACUGCUAUGAUUGGUGGGUAUGCUAUGCAUGGCAUGAGUGAAGAAGCACUUUGGAUAUUUUCUCAUAUGCUGAAGUUGGGAAUCCAGCCAGAUCAUAUAAUCUUUACUUCCAUAUUAUCUGCUUGCAGUCAUGCUGGUCGAGUAGAUGAAGGACUGAAGAUAUUUUAUUCAAUAGAGAAACUUCAUGGUAUGAAACCAACUUUGGUACAGUAUGCAUGUGUGGUGGAUCUCCUAGCUCGAGGUGGCCGCAUUAGUGAAGCAUACUCUCUUGUGACUAGUUUACCAAUUGAAGCUAAUGCUAAUCUUUGGGGGACAUUGCUUGGUGCCUGUAAAACACACCAUGAGGUAGAUUUGGGGCGUAUUGUAGCAAACAAACUCUUCAAAAUUGAAGCUAACAAUAUAGGAAACUACAUUGUACAAUCAAAUUUGUUCGCAGCGGAUGCUAGAUGGGACAGGGUAAUGGAAGUGAGAAGAAUGAUGAGGAACAAAGAUUUGAGAAAGCCAGCUGGAUGCAGCUGGAUCGAAGUAGAGAGAUCAAAUAACAUUUUUGUGGCUGGAGAUUGUUCCCACCCCCAAAGAAGCAUUAUUUACAGUACACUACACACAUUGGAUCAACAAGUUAAAGAACCCGUGGAGUUUUUAGCUUAAUCCUGGAUAAGUAUUAUGGCAUUGUGAAGACAUAUCUCAGACAUAUUUAGUGACCCAUCUCUCCUUUUUCUUUUCACAUAUCUCAGACAAAUGAAUUGUGUGAAUUGCAUCUUGUAUCACACAUGAAUAGUUUGAUUCUUCCACAGCAGGUUGCAGCACCUUGCCAUCCAAUGGUCAUUCGUGUUUUGCACC